AAAUUGGCGAGAUUUUUAUGAAAUUGCAUCUCAUAAUGAUGAAACACCUGGACGUUUUCAAGUGAUCUCAUUCAAUUGGGAAGAGGUCCAAAAACCAUAUACUAUUGCAAUAUGGUUAUUACUUGCUGGUAUUGCUAAAAUGGUAUUUCAUAUCUCAAAACGGGUUGCUGAUACAUUUCCGGAUUCAUCAUUACUGAUUGUUGUUGGUCUUAUAUUGGGUGUACUACUUAAAUUAUCCAAUGUUAAUGAUUCAAUAUUCAAUCUUGAAGCAAAUAUUUUCUUCCUUUAUUUGCUACCACCAAUUAUUUUUGAUGCUGGCUAUUUUAUGCCAAAUCGAGCAUUAUUUGAAAAUUUUGGCUCCAUUUUGGUAUUUGCCGUUAUUGGAACCAUAUGGAAUUGUCUAGCAAUUGGCUCAACAUUAUAUGGCCUUGGCUUAUUAAAUGUAUUCUCAAUUAAAUUUUCUAUUUUCGAAAUUUUCCUCUUUUCGGCAUUAAUUAGCGCCGUUGAUCCGGUAGCUGUAAUAGCUGUUUUUGAAGAGAUUCAUGUUAAUGAAACUCUUUUUAUAACUGUUUUCGGUGAAGCAUUAUUCAAUGAUGGUAUCACUGUGGUGCUAUAUCAAAUGUUUCGUAAAUUUGUGCUAAUUGGAAGUGAUAAACUGAUAACAGUUGAUUAUUUAGCUGGUGGAAUAAGUUUUUUGUAAUUGGUCUUGGCGGUGCAGCAAUUGGUCUUUUUUAUGCAUUUAUUGUUAGCUUCAUCACCAAGUA